ACUACGGGGAGAGUGGAAUGCAGGCAUUUCGUGCCCUAGCUGAAGAACGAGGAAUAUGCAUUGCAGCAUCAGCGAGUAUCUCCAGUGGAUCUAAACCUUCUGAAUUUGAUAAGAUCGUUGAUACCUUGGAUAAAGCACCUACAGCUCAUGUUGUAGUAUGUUUCUGUGAGGGGAUCACUGUUACUAAACUUUUAAAGGCCACACGAAGGAAAGAUAAGAUUGGCAAAUAUCUCGUUAUAGGAAGUGACGGAUGGGCAAAUCGUAAGGAAGUUGUACGGAAUGUCGAGGAAGAAGCAAUAGGAGCUAUCUCCAUCAAACCUCACACCGAACACUACCAUGACUUCGAUUCAUAUUACUUUAAUCUACGUCCUGAAAACAAUACUAGGAAUCCAUGGUUUCGUGGAUUCUGGCAGGAGAGAUUCAACUGUCUCUUACCACCAUCAGAUAUAGAUCCACCCCUAUCAACGUUCCAUCUAGAUUCACCAUCCAACUGUACAGGUGAGGAGAGUCUUGAGGAUGGUUAUAACCAGGAUACCAAGAUGAGUUUCGUAGUUAAUGCUAUCUACACAGUAGCCUAUGGAUUACAUAAUCUACAGCAGAGAAUCUGUGGUGUUGGUACGGUUGGUUUAUGUCCUGAUAUGCAGCCGAUAGAUGGUCGUGAAUUACUUGAUGCUUUAUUCAAUGUUUCAUUCGUUGGUAUGUCAGGAGAUCAUAUCAAGUUUGAUGAAGAUGGAGACCCACCUGGGAAGUACGAUAUCUAUAAUUUCCAGCGAUCAUCAGACGGCAGGUCGUAUAAUUACGUCACAGUAGGAGCUUGGGAAGAUGGCAUUCUUACUUUGAAUGAUUCUAUCAUGAUGUGGAAUAAUGGAUCAGAUAUUACUACUAGGUCAUUCUGUAGUCAGCCAUGCCCUCCUCAUCAUGCAAAGAACAUUCGUGAUAAUGUCAAGUGUUGUUGGGCCUGUGUACCUUGCAAGGAUAAUGAAUACAUGCUCGAUGAGUAUACAUGUAAGUCAUGUGAUAGAGGAUGGUGGCCAAACUCACAACUGAACGAUUGUUACGAGAUCGAGGCUGAGUACAUGAAAUGGCAUGAGGUUCAAGCCAUAGCUGCCAUGUGCUUCUCCUGCGUGGGAAUCCUCAUGACUAUCUUUGUAACAGUCACCUUCAUACGCCAUAACGAUACCGCACUCGUCAAGGCAUCUAGUCGAGAGAACAGCUAUAUCCUCCUGUCUGGUAUUUACUUGUGCUUCCUUGUGACUUUCCCCUACAUCGCGAAACCAUCGACAGUCGUCUGCUACUUCAGACGUAUUGGGUUGGGAUUAAGCUUCUGCAUCUGCUACGCGGGACUCGUCGUCCGGACCAACCGUAUGGCUCGAAUCCUAGCAGGCAGCAAGAAGAAGAUCUUGACGCGGAAGCCUCGCUUUCUUGGAAGCACGGCGCAGGUCGUGAUGACAUUUGGCGUCAUCAGCUUCGAGAUCGGCAUCAUUGUGGCAACCUUGGUUCUGGAAAGACCUGCAGCUAUCCUGGACUAUCCAGACUUACGUCGAGUCCGUCUCAUCUGUAACACCACUACAUUCGGGUUCGCAGCACCAUUAGGUUAUGACGCGCUGCUCAUUUCACUUUGCACACUAUAUGCCUUUAAAACCAGGAACCUACCAGAGAAUUUCAAUGAAGCAAAAUACAUCGCAUUUACCAUGUACACUACGUGUAUAGUGUGGUUAGCCUUUAUUCCUCUCUACUUUGGAAGUGAUUUGAAAGAGAUCGUAGUUUGUUUUGCAGUCAGUCUCAGUGCGACUGUAACCCUAGGAUGUUUGUUCUUUCCUAAGACAUAUAUUAUCCUUUUGAAACCUGAGAGAAACCGACGUAGUUCAAUGACGACAUCUAACCUUGUUCGUAUGCAUGUUGGGAGCUUCAGUGAAUUAGCUCCGUGCCGAAGUAACAGCAGUAGCAAUGGCACUAUGGACGGAUGCAACGAAAAGCUCCUGGGAGGCGAGAGAAACGCUGUUGGAGUGAGGGGAAACCGCAAGAAGAAUAGCCCUUUGUCUGGUUCGUCUCAUCGAGACAAAUCGCGGGAGAGAAACCGGGACAGGUCUCCUGGGAUUUUCUCUGCACUUCGGAGAAGAAAGAGACCAAACAAUACCAAACACAUGAAGGCUGUACAAAGGGAUAGACUGCUUUCAAAACGAAAACAACCUCUUUAUCGAUAUGGGAAUUCAACCAACGUGACGCCAUCCUCUCACCAGCACCCGUCACCCGUUGAAGAAGGUGAUAGUAGUAUGGAGAAAGCAUUAGAAGAGAGAUUAAGUAGGGCUGAGGAGGCUAGUCGAGCCAUGGGGUGCUUGAAACCAUCAAGGACAGUACAGUGUCAAGAAGGAGAUGUGAAGAAUGAUGCGCAUUCACAAUCAGCAUUAGAUGUUGAAAUGGAGAUACCAGUAAGGAGGAACAGUGGAACAAUCAACCAGGGUCAAAGGUCAAUUAUGAAAAAUUCGCAAUCUAAUGAAAGGACAUGUGCAUCAGGAGGGUGUAUGAAAGCUCAAUCUGGUUCCAACCCACGUCCACCGCUUGGACAGGGAGCAUCUACUUCAAAGGGUGCAGUGGGACAAAGUGAUUCUAAACCUCAGGCUCAUGUUCUUCCGCUUAGAGUUCGACGCUCAUUUAGCGAUGAAACCAUUAAUAAGAAACAAUGUUUAUCACGACCAUCAUCAUCAGCCAACACUGGGGGUGAUCCCAGAUUCCUAGGUGUUGAUAGACAACAACAUACACACACCGCUGGCGGUUCUUUUAACCAAAUUUACCCUGAUCUUCUCCAAGUGUUACCGACGGCUGAUGCUGAGUCGUCUCCAGGGGCUCCCUCCCGCGGACAGCGAACUGAUGAAGGUCAAAGCAACAGUCCCUCGAGUGAUCGCAUUCACACGCAAAGCGAUGUUUUGCCGCGAGAAAGUGUGAAAAGAAGUGUCCGUUUUGACGAGAGAACGCUCGCAGAAGGUGAUGAUAGUCUUGAAUCAGGUGACACUCGCAACAUUGAUUCGUCUCUAUGGAGUGAGGGUGAUCAUGUUGUUACAAUACCAAAUGAGAUUCUUGGUGUUCUCACUUCUAUCAAAUCAUCGGAUGUAUGACAUCCAUGGAAAAUAUUGAUAGUCAUGAUUUUGUUGCCGUCGAGCAAAUGUGUUUUUUUUCUGACAUAUCUUAUCCUCUGAUUUAUUCUAUAAAGUUAUAUAUGGUUUAUCGCAUCGCACCUAUUCUUUUCAUACUCAGUUUUUAAGAAAAAGAGAAGCGGUAAAAACAAGAAAAACAUUGUUCAUAUUGACUGAAAAAGGAUUUUAAGAAUAAGAACAAUUAAAUAGUUAUGAUGCUGAAAGUACGACAGCACACAAACAUCAAAAAUUCUAACGUAUAUUGUAUAAUGCAUUUGUCUUUUCCUAAAUAGAAGUGUAACACAUUAUGAUGAAAAUAAUUGAUGUUUACCAUUCAAAAUCACUUUCCUCACAUGUAUUGAUGCUAAAUGAGGCUCUUUCAUAAUAUAUGUUUAUACUUAAACCACCACAUCAAGAGUAUAUGUCUUUAUUUCACUAUUCAGGUAAUAAGCUAUACCUGCAUUGAUCAUGCUUUGAUUAUAUCGAAUUUUUACUAAGGAUUGUAAAUAAUUUCAAAUCUUUUUGUAAUUUCACUUGACUCUCUUUAUUUCUCUGUUGUUUCUUGUCAUUUGGGUGUUUUCGUAAUAUUAGUCCAUCACAAUCAGCUAUUUUUACCUUUAUUAAUAUUAAUUUCAUACUAAAUUUCAAAGCAAGAUGAUCAAGAUAACAAGAGGGUUUUUUGGUAAAAAGAAAUAGGAUUUAGUGGUAUACCAUUAUUAUUCUGUUUUGCCAGUAUACCCAUUAAUGAUUACUGGAAAUGCUAUGUUGUUAGUGUUAUGACCCCAGAAAAAGCACUUUGUCCUUAUCAUAGAUCCUCUACGUGCUGCUAAAUCUAUGUCGAAGGUCUGGAGAAGAUUUCAACCUCGUAAGUGAGACAAGUGAGAGCUUACCAAAACAGAUAUAUGUAUAAAAAAAAUUAAUGAUUGUGAAAAAAAAGUUUUUUCCUCAUCUCAUCCAUGUUUAUAUUUACCACCAUUAUACAGUGCUAGCUCUGGUGUGACGUUAAAAAUAAUGUUUGACCAGAGUGUAAUCCAUAUUAUAUUGUUUUAACAACCAAUUUUGCUGUGAUGGUUGACUGACUCUCGAAUUACAGACCGAAUUGAUAUGACUUCUUAAUACCUAACAAAUGACUGACUGACUGACUAACCGACUGACUACUGACCAAAAACUGAUCAACUACACCCUAUUACACAUUGAAUGAAUUACAAAUGGACUAACUGAUCCAUUUACAUACCUGGUGACUGACUUACUAAAAUAGAAACUGACUAAUGUACAGAGUACUAACUGACUGGCUUACUUAUAGAAUGUCUACCGAUUCAGGCUACUGCCCCCAUUGACCAAAUAACUUACAGGAUUACUAACUGAUCUAUGUACAGACUAGCUGACGGACUUCAACAGAAUGGCUAGCAAUGUUAAGACUGAAUUAUCGACUGCCUUACGGAAUAACUGACUGAUCUAUGUACAGACUGACUAACUACUAGAAUUGUGACCACUUAAACACCCACUGACUGGCUAUCGUUACGACUGUCGGUUCCAUGUAGGCCUACAGUCGUAUUGAUAUAAACGACCAUUGGACAGACUCAUUAAUUUACCGACGGACAUAGACUUACCGAUCAAAUACAGACUCAUUAAUUUAUAGUACACCCAGUGGUUGUGUGUCCAGACGAUCAAUUUUAGAAAGUCAUUUGGAAAAAAAAUACAAGCGGAGUUUCAUCAAUUUUAAAUACAAAAUGUUAGUAAAUAUUAUAGAGAACAAAGUAGAAGAUGAUUACAACUAUUGAACAGAUAUUUUAGUGUAAUUCAAAGACAAAGGAGAAGGCUUCAAAAAUAUGAAGUGUCCGGACACCCGGCCCCAAUCCUAUGGUUAAUGGUUCUACGUAUACAGAUUCACUGACUGGCCGACUUACCUAAAAUGACUAACAGAUCACUUACAGUCUCACUGAUAGUCUAACAAAAUGGCAAAUGGUUCGAUGGCCACAUUCACCGACUGACUGACUGAUUGACUGACUAAUGUACAAUCGUUAGACUCACUCGCCCGACUAAACUACACAGUGACUGAACGAAUCGCAUUCUUACUGUUGACCUUCAAACAGACCCUUUUCUUUCAGUGACUGACUGAUCGAUUGAAAAAUACUCAUUGACAGACAUACUUACAGAUUAAGUUGUUUAUUAACAGAUUAGCCUAUUGACAGAAUGAGAGACACAAUACAGACUGACUGACUAAAGGAAUGUCUGAUCAAAAGGUGACCAAAAAUCUGAUCGGCUGACUUCUCACAGACCAAGUGACUGAUUACUGACCGACAGACUGACCACUGACUGAUGAGACUGUUAUCACCUACCACACUCAAGGCAUAGGGUACCUAUGGACUACACAAUGAUUUACUUCUAGCUGUCAGACCAGAACCUUUUCCAUUUUUCAUACAUUUUUUUCAUAUUAAAUAAAAAUAAAUAGGUUAAGGCAAAACAGAAUAUUAAAACAAAGUUUGAUAAGUUUUGAAAACGGAACGCAAAUGUAGUCCGAGACCCCCUUUUGCGAUUUUUCUUCCCUUUUAGGCUCCUCGAGAAUAGACCACCGGCAUAUCCCCUCCCCUCUCUCUGUUUUUCUCUGCCCCCCCCCUCUCUCUCUCUCCAUCUCUCUCCCUUUACCUACGGCGUUAUUGGCAUGAAUUGGCUUAAAUUUAUAGUUUCGUCCAAUGACAAGACUUUUGACGAGAUAGAUGCACGAACAUGACUAUCAUAUAUUUUAAUGUGAAAAUACAUUCUUAUUCAUUAUCUUCACUGAAAUUUCAACGCAGAUCAAGUGAAGCAUAUAAUUUCACUCCUCCCAGGGCCCGUUUUAUAAAGGACUUAAAACCGUUGUAACUUGCCAUUGUGGUAAAUACCAUGGUAAGAGGGCUCAUCAGCCAAUCAGAAUGAAGGUUACCGUUGCCAUAAUGGCAAAGUUACAACAGUUGCAAGUCCUUUAUGAAACGGGCCCCAGAUAACCGACUUUCAAAAUUGAACUCUUAAAAUGUUAUUUACAUAGAACUUACAUUCUAAUGACAACUAAUAAUUACGUCUGUUCUGGCAGCCUUACGAUCUGCAUUGAUUUUUAUCAGAAUGGGAAAGAACGAAAUUUGAAAUCCGCGUCAUAAACCCUAUGGCAAUCAUGCCAUGAUCAUACAGGACCAAAUCAAUGACAUUUGCAAACAAUAAACCAAACCCAAAUUUUGUUUACUCAGGGUAAAACGGUUAAACAUGAUCCCCCUCGUCAGACCGGUGGGCCAAGGGUAAGAAAAUUUUAACGAAACUUGACUAAAGACCGCACAUACUAACAAAUAUGACAUCUUAUUAUUUGUUUAUAAAUUUAUAUGAUGGUCCGGGCUGAAAGUAUUUAUAACUUAAUACAUAAGAGUAAAUUUCACUGUGCAAAAUGCCGAAAAUUUCAUCAAAAUCGGAUAACAAAUAAAGCAAUUGAAUUUUAAAGUUUAGCAA